UCGUUGUUUACAUACACACCGUGGAUGACUGUUUGUUUACAACUUACAAGGAAUUCCUACCUCCAUGCAGAAGGGAAAGGAGUGAAAGUAAACACACACAGAACAAUGGAAGACAACGUUGAUAAGUUACUUCCCAUCAAAAGACAAUGGAUCAACGCUGACCAAUCAGCAUCCAGUUCUGAACAAAGCUUUGUUAUCGUCUCCUACAACAUCCUGGCUGACUGUCAUGUGACCUCUGAGACGUACCCCUACUUGCUUAAUGGUUAUCGUACUAUGGACGAAAGGCACCCUCAACUUAUGAUGGAGUUAAAUCACCAUGGAGAUGCUGACAUCAUAUGCCUUCAGGAGGUAAAUGGUCGAUAUUUUCAAGAGACACUACAUCCAGCAUUGACCCAACUCGGUUAUGAAGGAAUUCAUUGCAACAAAGCUCAUGGUAUCGACGAAGGCUCCGCUACUUUCUACAAAAAGAGUCGCUUUGAACUUGAUGCUCAUAGAGUGGUUUAUUUCAAAGACCAAGUUCAUGAGAACUUAUCAAGAAUGCCACGCCCACUUCCGAGUAGCCAAUCAGAAGCCAUCACAGAGAGGACUCUUAAAGAAACAGUUACAAUGUUCCUUCGUCUUAGAUGUAAAGAAACUGGUCGUUCCAUCUCAGUAGGGAACAUCCAUCCUUACUGGAGGAAUGACGUCGUGAUGGAUGUUAUAACAUUACAGAUUGCUUAUGCCAUCAACACCCUCGUUGACAUAGCUGGCGAUACGAACAGCGCCCUCAUUCUAUGCGGAGAUUUCAACACGGAACCAACCAUGCCUGCCUACCAACUUUUACAAGAUGGCCGACUUAAUGAAGGGAGCGUCAAAACUUUAACCCAAUUUAGGAUCACAUCGAAAAGCGAGCCAGUUGAGGAUUUCACCCUUGUUGAUGUCAUGUCAGGGAGUUACCGACAUCCAAUAGCUAAUUUCCAGAGUGCCUACAAACAAGUUUUGGGAAAUGAAGUUCCUUUUUCACAAUUUCAUGACACCGUUGGGUUAGCCUGGAAGGAAAAGCAUCAACCAGGAUUUCAGAGCGAGACGAGUUCCAAUCAACCAAAAGGACCCAAAAUAAAAGCGCUAGAUUACAUCUGGUUUAGUUCUCAAACACUGGACUGUGAGGGCGCUCUUCGGAUGGUUGAUAAAGAUGUUAUUGAUAGUCUGUACGCUUGCCCUAAUAAAGUAUUCCCAUCAGAUCACCAUUUAAUGAAGGCUAGGUUCCGAUUCAAGGUUUGAAAUAUAAAUCAAACGGGAUACUGUUAUAAUAUAAACGAUAUCUUAUAAAUAAAAAAAGAUCUGUAUUAAAAAUGACUAACUGGAUAGAGUUGGUCAAAACAAUAUAACCUUUAUGGUUUUCGAGUGACGUCAGAGGUCACAUCGUCUAUAAACCUACACUGUUCAAAUUAUGAUGAUUCUUCACUUUAUUGUUAUAUAGGAUUUGAGGCAUUGCAUGGCGAGGUAUCAAUAUAUAUUAAAGUAGUAGUCCCAGCCUAUUUCAAUA